AUGGUUGCUGCUGAGAAUUUGGGUGGCAUAACCCUCCGAUCCCCAUUUCGUAAGCAGAUCGCGGACAUUAAAGACCUCGGCCACACUUUGUGCGAGUUUGAUCAGCUUUUCAUCGUCGUCGGGCAGGCUGUUGUAACGCUAAAGGGCGAUGCAUGCGCCAGAACUUCUAUUCUUGCUUGCGUCUUGGUAAAUUGGUCGGAGUCCUUCAUGUUGUCCCAUUCCCUCCAUGUCUUGUAUCCGAACCCAGCUGUCGAGAUAACACCACCGCCAAUACACACGACGCGGGCUGCAGUUAGGGAGAGACCUCCUCCAGGAAUGAAGCAGGAUGCUACGGCAACGAAAAAGGACAAUCCGGUCAAUACAGCCCAUUUGUUACGUUCAUCCCUGUAUUCAGCGGUUUCUUUCUCUGCCAACUUGUACAAACUGACCUGUCUGCUCAAUGCUGCUCUUCAACGAGUUGACCGCUAUAUUGAUGCUGUCAAGGGACAUUUCGCCUUGUUGUUCGCACUGGCCCGAACACUUAGUCAGUUCUCGCACCGAUGGUAA